AUGGAGAAGACGAGCGAGCACCAAAAACACUCAUACUCGUGGCACCAGUCGCAUGAUCAGGCUACGGUCUUGUUACUUGUUCCGUAUGAAACCUCGAGAGAGGACGUUGUUGUUGUUAUUGAACGCAACUAUCUACUCGCUGGGGUUAAAGGACAACAGCCCAUCGUGAAGGGUCGUCUUUACAGCCACGUCGACGUGGCGAACUCGGCGUGGCAACUCGAACCCCGCAACUCGCGUCUUUCCGCUCGAGAGAGAACCACGUCGACCAUAUCGACGACGUCAACUCAAUCUUCUUUCGCCUUCGUAUCCGAUCCUGAAAUUUCCAGCAGCUUCGCGGCGUCUCUAGAAAGUGGCCAAGUGUCCGAUGCAGAGGAGAUCGUGACACCUUCACCCGCGCUAUCAUCGCCUAUCUCCUCGGCUGAUGAGCACACGAGCGGUUCAAGUCAACGUCACUCUAUCGCUGUUACUUCUGGUCCCGCAUCACCUUCAUUGCCUGUACAUGCUUUAUCAUCAUUCUCGUCCUUGGAGUCACUACACUCCAAUUCAGGAAGACUCGUGACACUUCAUCUCGAGAAGGAACAGUCGAUCAUUUGGCCAUCGUUGAUUCAAGGACCAGUCCCCCAGGAAACUUCACCAUGCGCUCCUGUCCCUAUGCUAUAUGAUUCCAACUUGGAGUACAAAUACAAUAUGGACCCCACAAGUCUUGUCCUAUAUGCCAUAGAGCUUUACGACAUCAGGAAAGACAAAGAAGAAGCAUUUGAGUGCUUUGUACGAGCAUGGCACCAUGCCCACCUCCCCUCUGCUACAAUGAAAUUGGUUACUCACUAUCUACCCAUUCAAACAUCAUUGGACCAUCUUGAUGCAUCUGAAGAAGGGCAACGCGGAACUGUCUCAUAUUAUGUUCAGUCCGUCGGCGGCCCGUUGGGUCUGGCCAAGCUCUUCUUAGAGGCUGGUCUUCUUCAUCUCGAAGGAGCAGCUUCUGUCUUCCUUUCCGCGUCAUAUUCCACAUUGUCCUCCAUUAGGAUGCCGCCACAGCCACAGCCCGGAGAAGGUGGCACAGAAGCGUGGAAGCGUGAUAGGGAAGCCGCAGGUCGAUACUUUGAGCGUGCUCGCGCUCUGCAGCCCGAUCUCGACAUUCCUGUCCUUCCUGAUGAAGGCAUUUCUCAGCAUGGUAUUGGGAACACCCACGAACUUGAAAUGCCGUCUAUAGAGAUUCUUCCCUCGGCCUCAGGGAGUGUUUAUUCUGGAGAGGAUUCUCUCUACUCCGAACAAGAAAUCAUUCCGCGCCGAAGAAGGCAGAAGAAAGAAGAACUCAUAUUCAUGGAUGAGGUCAAGGGCAAGGAUGAUAUUGAUAGUGCGUGGUACUUGUAUGUCCCCAGCCUGGUGGGUGCUGGUACGGCAUUGCUGGUCGUGGGCGUUAUAGGCGCCCUCAGCCUUUCGUCAUGGAGAAGAAAUCAAGGAUCUUGA